AUGGACUCCACAUCAGCUGCUGAUAACAUAAGGGAAGAUGCUGUGAGCAAGGUUUUGGGAAAAGACAAACCUGGACGAGUAAGGGGCUUUGGUAGAGGGAUUACAGCUAAUAAGCUAGCAUAUCUGCAAUUUAGAGACGCUAAGAUUGCAGAAAUGAAAAGUGAGAUUGAAGAUUUAAAGGGGAUGGUGCGAGAAUUAGCUGAGAAGAAGAAAAGUAAUGUUGAUGCUGAAACAUCUGAGAGUAGUGGUGGAUUCAAAGAAGGAGUCAGAGUACAAAUACUGGAUUGGAUUGAAUCAGAGGAUGUUGUUGUUGGUGAAGGAGAAUUCUGCUCUGCUGAACCGAAGUACAAAAUUGGUCGUAUACCAAUUGGUCCUAAUGCAGUGGCUAUCGUAGUUAAGUAUGCACUAAGCGCAUCAGCUUCACUCUGGAGGCCUACUACGGAUGUGUUAACUCUUGAUGAAGCUGUGGGAUACAAGAUAUCUUGGCCAAUGGAUAAAGUGAUUUUGGAUAAGGAUCCAAACUGUUCUGAAGAUUUAUCUAUGCAAAGCAAGGAAGGUGAAUAUCGAAGAUGCAAGAUAUAUGAUUGGACCAAUGAUGAGGACGAGGUCAUUGCUGAAGGUCUCGUGUGCUCUUCAAAAUCCAAAGACAUGGUUAACAACAUACCUCUGGGUCCCAAUGCUGUUAGUGUCGAAGUAGUGAAGGUGUUCAAUGAUCAAGCAUAUUUGUGGAGGCCAACCGCUGAUAUGUUCUUGAUUGGUGAUGCACUUAGCGAGAAAAUAGCAUGGCCAGUCCUAAAGGUUGAAGUCAUGCCUACACCCGCUACAGAAGUAACACCAACUAAAUGUGCAGGGAAGAAAAUAGCAUCACCUUCGAAGCCAGCCAAGAAAAAAGCAGUGAGUCCAGGCAGCACUAGUUCGACCAGAAGUCCGAAGCAGAAGUGCACUCUCUUGGAUUGCAACAACUCUGGACGUAAGGUAGCUGAAGGAAGGGUAGCUUCAACGGAUCCGAAUGAGUUGUGCCACUUUGUACCCCUAGGUCCAAAUGCAAGCAAGGUGUGGAUUGAUGUGGCUAAGAUCGGUGAUGCAAAAGUCUGGAGGCCAAAUUCAGAGAUUGAAUACAUAUCUGAUGCAAUGGGUUCGGUUGUGGCAUGGCCAAAUGACAAAAUCAAGUUUGUCUAAAAUUGUCGUCUGAAACAUUUUUCAAGUUGGUUCUCAUCGGCUAUGUAUUUCUAGUGUGUGAUCGAAUGUUUAGGUACUUUUUUACUCGGUUGAAAUCAUGUAUGAUAUUAUGUAACAGUUAGCAGACAAAAAAAACAAAAAUUAUGUGUUAUAUUAUGAUAUAAGGUUAUGUGUGAAAAUGUUUAGCUUGUUAACCCCUAUACCCUUAAGUGCAUAAUUUUACAUUAAACCAUAAGCUUUAAAAAUUAAAUCCACAGACGGGAAGACCAAAAAUUAAAAUCCUAUACCCUAAGUGAAAUCCCUAAACCCUAAAGUACAAACCUAUACCCUAUACCCUAAUUGUACUUGAUUUCACAAUUUUGUUCAUUCUUAAAAGGAUAUUGUAAUCUUAAUUUCACAAAACUGAUUAGUUAUAAAUUUUAUAAACACUCAUUUGUUCAAACCCUAUACCCUAAAGCCUUUGUACAUACAAAUAAGUAGUAGUGUUUAUGAACAUAUGAGCUAGAUUGAUCAAUCUUAUAAAAGCUCACAUAAAAAAUUUAUAUUCAUACAAUUUUUUUUUUGUAAAAUUGGAAAACUGAAUAUUUGAUUUUUAAGAUUUAAUUUAAUUUUUUUUUGCUUCAAAAUCAUAUUUAUAUAUUAAUUUCCAGAUUUCAAACGAAAUUAAUACCUUGAGCCAAUAAGGAGUAACCUCCAAGAUUGCAGACGUGGCAAACCAUAUGCCGAUGGAUGUGUCUUCCCAACUUCAAUCUUAGCCAUUCUUUUUAUUUUUUGAGCCAAUGAGGAGCAACUACUAAGAUUGCACUCGGAAAAUUUCAGAACACAACAUCUCUCUUUCUGUCGAAACUCCUUUCUGUCUCGCGAUCUAAAAUCGAAAAAACCUAAAGAAAGCACAUGUAUCUCUCGAGCUAAAAUCAAACCAGCUGUUCCUGUAUUCGCCGAUUGAAAGUAAGCAAAUGGAUAAGUCGUGGAUUUGGCUUCCAAGGUAUAACCUAAAAUCCCUCGAUCUCAUUUCUACUCGCCGAUUGAAAUAAAGCUAACUUCUUUUGUCUGAUUCUUGUAGGAAUAGCCACGAGUAUUCAGAAGGAGCAACUAAUUUUGUGAAUUCGUCCGCAAAAAGAUUGGGAAGUCUGUCUGAAAUGCUAUGCCCUUGUAGAGACUGCCGCAAUCUGAGCCAUCAGUCACUGGAUAAAAUUGUGGAGCAUUUGGUGAUUAGGGGUAUGGAUAAGAAGUAUAAGAGUUCUCGUUGGAGUAUUCAUGGAGAAAAAAGAGAUUCUGCAGAAGACAGUGUUCUUCAAUAUGAAACAGAGGCGUUUGAUUUGUUUAAGACAACAUUCUCCAUGGACGAAGGUGGUCCAAACCCGACAACUGACAACGAAGACGAUGAAGCACCAGAGGAAAUUGAGUUUAAGAAAAAGCUCAGAGACGCUCAAACGCCAUUAUACUCGGAUUGUCUCAAGCACACAAAGGUUUCAGCUAUCAUGGGACUUUACAGAUUCAAGGUUAAAAGUGGUGUGUCGGAGAACUACUUUGAUCAGCUGUUGGUUUUACUUGAGGAUUUGCUACCUGAAGACAAUGUUCUUCCCAAGAGUUUAGCUGCAAUCAAGAAAUUUCUGAAGAUCUUUGGGUUCGGCUACGACAGUAUUCAUGCUUGCAAGAAUGAUUGCAUAUUGUAUAGGAAGGAGUAUGAGAACCUAGAAAGCUGUCCAAGAUGCAAAGUUUCAAGAUGGGAAAUGGAUAAGCACAGUAAUGAGUUAAAGGUGGGGAUUCCGGCAAAGGUCCUUAGAUAUUUUCCAAUCAAGGACAGGUUUAGGAGGAUGUUUAGAUCACAAAGGAUGGCUGAAGAUCUGCGUUGGCACUAUACCAAUGCCACUGAAGAUGGUACAAUGCGGCACCCUGUUGAUUCUAUCUCUUGGGCACAAGUGAAUGCUAAAUGGCCAGACUUUGCUGCUGAUCCACGGAAUCUUCGACUUGGGAUUUCUACAGAUGGGAUGAACCCUUUCUCCAUGCAAAGCACCAAUCACAGCACAUGGCCAGUGUUGUUAGUGAACUAUAACACGCCUCCAACCAUGUGUAUGAAGGCUGAGAAUAUAAUGCUGACUUUGUUGAUCCCUGGUCCUACUGCUCCUGGUAACAACAUUGAUGUUUACCUAGCACCACUGAUAGACGAUCUAAAGGAUUUGUGGGCUGAGGGUAUUGAAGUGUAUGACUCAUUUGCGAAGGAGAACUUUAAUCUCAGAGCCUUGCUGCUUUGGAGUAUCAGUGACUAUCCAGCCUUAGGAACACUGUCUGGAUGUAAAGUAAAGGGGAAACAAGCCUGCAAUGUAUGUGGAAAGGAUACACCUGCAAGGUGGCUUAAGUUUAGCCGCAAGUUUGUCUACAUGAGUAACAGAAGGAGACUACCGCCUGGCCAUCGUUACAGAUAUAAAAAAGCUUGGUUUGACAACACUGUGGAGGAAGGGAAUGCUAAUAGGAUACAAACAGGCGCUGAGAUAUAUGAGACACUACAAGCUUUUACGAAUGAUUUUGGUAGACCUCUAGAGAAGAAAAAAAAAAGGAAAAGACUAGAGUUGGAAGAUGAUGAGAGGUUACAAGAAGAAGAGUGUGAAGAAUCAAAUGAACUAUGGCGGUGGAAGAAGAGAUCAAUAUUCUUUGAUCUACCUUACUGGAAGGUAAACUAUAGUAACUGACCUAUAUUAUCUGAUUACUGGAAGAAGAGAUCAAUAUGUCUAACAGUUUCUUGUUUAAUGUGUUAGGAGUUGCCUGUUCGUCACAAUAUUGAUGUUAUGCACGUAGAAAAGAAUGUGUCCGAUGCUAUAUUGUCUCUGUUGAUGCAAAGUGCGAAGUCAAAAGAUGGGUUGAAAGCAAGAAAAGACUUAGAAGAUAUUGGAAUCAGAAAGCACUUGCACACAGAGGUGAGGGGAAAGAAAACAUACUUACCUCCUGCUGCCUACUGGUUAUCGAAGAGAGAGAAGACCAUUUUCUGCCAAAGGUUAGCUAAGUUUAGAGGCCCUGAUGGUUAUUGUGGUAAUAUUGCGAAUAGUGUUUCAGUUAACCCUCCAAAUAUUGGUAGUUUAAAGUCGCAUGAUCAUCAUGUCUUAGUACAGAACUUGUUACCAGCUGCAUUAAGAGGGUUGUUACAUAGGGGUCCUAGGAUAGCCAUAAAUAGAUUAUGCAGUUACUUCAACAGGUUGUGUCAGCGCAUCAUUGACCCAGAGAAACUUAUAUCCAUGGAGACAGAGUUUGUGGAGACAAUGUGUCAGCUGGAGCGCUUCUUCCCUCCAGCCCUUUUUGAUAUCAUGUUUCACCUUCCACUACAUUUAUCAAGAGAGGCACGGUUGGGAGGACCAGUUCACUUCCGAUGGAUGUAUCCCUUCGAAAGGUUUGAUCAACAUCUCUCUUCAAUAUAUCCACUUCCCACAAUGAUGUUUGACUAAUAUUCAUAUUUCCUGAGUUAUAGGUACAUGAAAACACUAAAGGCUUUUGUUAAGAAUUAUGCAAGGCCAGAAGCAUGUAUGGCUGAGGCGUAUUUAGCUGGAGAAUGUGUUGCAUUUUGUUUAGAGUUCCUUAAAGAAUCAGUACCAGUUCAAGAAGCAGUUAAUCGUAAUGAAGAUGUUGAGGCUGAUAGAAUGGUGGUUGAAGGCCGACCUCUGCAGAAGGGUAUAGAGGUUACCCUGUCAGAUAAAGAUAGAGACAUUGCACAUCGAUAUGUGCUAAUGAACAUGGCAUCUUUGGAUCCCUUUCUUGAGUAAGUAAUUCUCUAUGUUUCUUCUACUUGUUUUACUCAUAAUUUCAUUUUCAUAUACUGUUGUUUAAUUUAAAAUCAGGAUGCAUUUGGAAGAGUUGCAAGCUAAGGAUGCUCGAUUGGCUAAAAAUGAAACUUUGUUAUGGAAAAACCAUACUGAACACUUUACAGAAUGGCUUAAAAAUAAGGUUACAAACUCCAAAUUCUUUUCUUGAUUAUUAUUGUAAAUACUGGUUAGCUUGUUUGGUGAUGACUGGUUAGCUUGUUUGGUGAUGACUAGUUAGCUUGUAUCAUGAUGCCUGGUUUGUAUCUUGAAGAACAUGUCCAUAUUUUAGCGAAUUGAUGUCUGAGUAGCUUAUAGCUUGAUGAAACUGUCUGGAUUUUUAGUAUUUUGAUGACUGGUUAGCUUGUAGAUUGAUGAUUGGUUUCGUGGUACAUAUUAUCAUGUUUUGAUUAUAAUUUAAGUACCUCGGCUUGAUGAUAAUCCUCUGAUUUCCUGCGGCAGAUUCAUUUAGACUCAAAAGAUAGUCAUUCUAAGGAGAUAAGGUGGUUGGCAUUUGGACCAAGAAAUGUUGCUUUAGCACAUAAAGGAUUCAUCAUCAAUGGCCAACGGUUUCAUACUGAUGCGGUCAAGCUGAAGACACAAAACAGUGGAGUAACUUAUGAAGCCUUUAGCAUGUGUAGAUCAAGUGCAAGAGAUAUGAGACAGGUCGCGGAUAUGAUUACAUACUAUGGAGUGAUAAAGGAGAUUUUGGUCAUCGACUAUCACAUGUUCAAAGUGCCACUCUUUAGAUGCAACUGGGCAAACACAGCGAAUGGUGUGAAGGAAGAAGAUGGCUUCACUCUUGUUAACCUUCAUAUGAACCAAGCAGCCUAUUUGAAAGAUCCAUUCAUUCUACCUUCUCAAGCGAAACAGGUUUUCUACUCUAGGGAGGAUGAUGCUUCAAAUUGGUAUGUUGUUAUGAGAGCACCACCUAGAGGUUAUCAUGAGUUGGAAACAGAAGAGGAUUUAGGUGGUGCUCCUUUACCUGUCCAAGAAGUUGAUGAUAUGGGUGAUGAUAUGGAUGAUGAUAGUGUAUAUGUUAGGGAUGAUUGUGAAGGUUUAUUAGUGGUAGAUUGAUGAUAUGUUGUAUGCUUGUGUGAUGGUUUGUAUGAAUGUGAUAAUGUUGUGUUAUGGGAUUUGAAUAAUUAUAUUGAUUUUU